AAGUAAAACAUAACAGCAGUACUUGUCAAGCCCACCGAGUUUAUGAUUCGCGAUUUCAUAUCCAAACGAAUUGGUAUGGGUAACCUUAACAAGAACUUUUGAACACCUGCAAGAUAUCGCGAAAAAAAUUUUGCAUAACAUAAUGCACAACCCAGUUUUAAUAUCAACACGAACUGUCAGUGUUCCGCGUUGCCAUCUUUUGUAUCGCACAUGCGCGUAAAGCCAGUCCUUCUGUCAAAACGAAACAUGGCGUCUCAUAUGUAUUUUAGAUGUCAGAUUGUGUUAAAAAAGUGAGUUUAAAGCGCGAUUGACCGCGAUGGAUCACAAGAAGAGUCCGAUUCGACGAGCAAAACGUCAGGCAAAGGUGUUAGAAGACAAUUUCUGGGACUGCAGCGUAUGUACAUUCAGGAACACGGCGGAAGCUUUCAAAUGUCUUAUGUGUGACGUUCGCAAGGGCACUUCGACGCGCAAACCCCGCAUCAACCCGCAGCUGGUGGCCCAGCAGGUGGCCACGCAGUUCUUGCCUGCGACGAGCCAGCAGAAGCGAGAGAAAAAAGACAAAAAGUCGCUGAAGAAACGCCGUCAUCCGCCCAGGCUGAAGAACGUCGACCGCAGCACGGCGCAGACCCGCGAAGUCACCGUUAACAGCGUCACAGUCAUCAUCACCGAGUACAAGCCGAAGAGCAAGUCCACGGAGACGAUCUCCAGCUCCAGUUCGUCCGAUCACGGCUCCCAGUCAGAGUCCAGCAUGGACGCGCGGUGAAGAAGUGCGCGGGAGAGUAGGAGCGCGGAGGCGGAAGGGUUGCGGCGGCGGCGGCGGCGGCGGACGUCGUGCACGCAGUCCGCACCAUGUCAGUGACUCGUCGGACAAUGACUUUUGACGUCACGCAUAUUGUGUUUGUUUAUGGAUUUCGUUCCCGCGAGGCUGGAGCGUCUUCGAACUCGUCGAGGAUGGUGUAGACUAUUUGAUUCCUAGCUGUCACUGCCCUUACCAACAGUUGUUCAUUGUAGGCGACUUAUUUUUUUGUUCUAAUUGAUGUUUGAAGAAAUUCAAAGACUGUGAAGGACUAACAUAGACUUUAUAUAUACCCGCAUUAAAUGCAUUUAUUUUAUGUAAUAUUAUUUCAAAUAGGUAAUUUGUAUUAUAAAUUGUUGCUCAUUGUUAAUGUAUUUAUGGGUGAAGCUCUGUAUGUUGAUGGAAAUGGUGUGUGAUUAACUGGAUGAAUAAAUCUCAGUUUUCUAUUUUAA